GGGAGGUGGGAUGCGAAGAAGAAACCUGCUCCGGUGACGACGGACGCCCCCCCCCCCCCUCCGGUGAAACAUGCCGUUUCGACCGCAGAAGACGAGCCCUAACCCUAACCCCAGCCCCGCCCCCAGCCCCAACAAGAGGAGGACAACUAGCUGGUCGGACCUGUGGGUGAAGAGCCCCAAAUCCCUGAACCAGGUCCUCUUCACUAUGCAGCUUCAGUCCCUCCCCAAAGACCCCAAAUCUCAAACCCUAGCCCCCAAUUUCUCCAACGUCGACCGCACCCUCCUCCUUCCCGACGACACCCUCCUCAGGAUCCUCUCCAAGCUCCCCGACUCCCAGCGCCUCUCCAACUCCCUCGUCUGCAAGCGCUGGCUCAGUCUCCAGGGCCGCCUCUUCAGCUCCCUCAAAGUCCUCGACUGGGGCUUCAUCGAGUCCGGCCGAUUGAUCGAACGGUUCCCCAACCUCACCCACGUCGAUUUGAGCCGCGCCUGCAUCAUCUCCCCGCAGAACUCUAGCAUUCUGCUGCACCAUGGGAACAUAUCCAUGCACCUGAGUACCGGCUUCUCUCCAAUCUGUCGCAUCCUCGAUGAGAACUUGUUGUCUGUCGAUGUUGUUGACAGGGGGCUCAGGUUGCUCGCUGGUGGCUGCCCGAAUCUCUGUAAGCUCGUUGUGAUCGGGGCAAGCGAGAUGGGGCUGAUGAGUGUCGCCGAGGAGUGCUUGACCCUGCAGGAAUUGGAGCUUCACAGGUGUAAUGAUAACGUUCUCAGAGGCAUUGCGGGCUGCAGGAACCUGCAAAUCUUGAAAUUGGUUGGGUGUGUGGAGGGCUUGUAUUCAGAACUAGUAUCUGAUAUCGGACUUACGAUACUGGCGCAGGGCUGUAAGAGGCUAGUCAGGCUCGAGCUCAGUGGGUGUGAGGGCAGCUUUGAUGGGAUUAAAGCCAUCGGGCAGUGCUGCCAGAUGCUGGAGGAGUUGACCCUCUGCGAUCACAGGAUGGACGGCGGAUGGUUAGCCGGGCUGUCCUAUUGCGAGAAUUUGAAAACUCUGAAGCUUCAGGCUUGUCGAGCCAUCGACUCCAACCCAGGGCCUGAUGAGUACCUGGGUUCUUGUCCGGCGCUCGAGAGCCUGCAUUUGGAGAAGUGUCAGUUACGGGAUAAACAGAGUGUAAGAGCGAUGUUCUUGGUCUGCCAGGCCGUGAAGGAUGUUGUGAUUCAAGAUUGUUGGGGUUUGGAGGAUGAGAUCUUCAGCUUGGCGAUUUUCUGCAGGCGGGUGAGGUUUGUUUCGUUGGAAGGAUGCUCGUUGCUCACGACUCAAGGUCUCGAGUCGGUCGUUAUAUCAUGGAAGGAGCUCCAGAGUCUCCGGGUGAUGUCAUGUAAGAGCAUAAAGGACAGUGAGAUCUCUCCUGAUCUCGCAACUCUGUUUUCGGUUCUUAAAGAUCUGAAGUGGAGACCGGACACAAAAUCCCUUCUUGCUGCAAGUCUGGCAGGAACUGGGAUGGGAAGGAAGGGUGGAAGGUUCUUCAAGAGGACGUGAAAGCUCGAGUUGCUGAUAGAUAUGCAGGAUCGGAAGCUGACCUUAUUGGGACAAUUACCAACACUGUAAAGACUGAAAUAAUUCUCAUCAGCCGUCAUAGCCUUCGAACGAAUUUCGCCUGACGUCUUGGGGAAAAGCUAGGGUUCCAUGCAAGUGAAAGUUCUGCCAAAUUUUCGAGUGGAAAGCUCUCCGGAUAAUGUUUCUGAUUCCAGCGAUCGACUGUACUGCUUAAGUUUAGUUCGCAACAAUUGACUGCUGAAAAAAACCCGGGCUGCAUACGCCGAGGUUUUAUUGCCAUGUAUCAAUCUAGAAAUCAAGCGUAGGUAUGUAUAAGUAUUUGGAGGCAAUUUACUCUUCAGGUUCCUGUAAAAGUUGCUUCAGUCGGACAUGUUUAGAUUCA